CAGAGAGAGAACAAGAUGUGACGAAAAUGCUUUUCUCAAUUCGGAAAUGCGAAUGGAGUCCUACAUCCUGUGGCGCGCACGCGCCAAAUGCCCAAGCGAAGAAGUCACGCAGGCUUCUUCUGACCUUUAGAAAUCUGGCUUGCCAAGGCUUCCGCCCGUGCCCAAGAUGGCGUCCAGGCGUCCUUCUUAACUUCCACCUGUCUUGGUGGCGUCUGACGUCGCUGCUCGUAGUGGGUGGAGCUUUUAACAGACCGCAAAUGUAGGGUCCUCUGAGAGGGUGUCAGCCAUGGACUGGAAAGACGUGCUUCGCCGGCGGUUAGCGUCGCCCAACUCGGAUCCAAAGAGGAAAAAAAGCGAGCAAGAAUUAAAAGACGAAGAAAUGGAUUUAUUUACCAAAUACUACUCAGAAUGGAAAGGAGGUAGAAAAAACACAAGCGAAUUCUAUAAGACCAUUCCCCGGUUUUAUUACAGGUUGCCAGCUGAAGAUGAAGUCUUACUACAGAAAUUACGAGAGGAAUCUAGAGCUGUCUUUCUACAGAGGAAAAGCAGAGAACUCUUAGAUAAUGAAGAAUUACAGAACUUAUGGUUUUUGCUGGAUAAACACCAGAUACCACCUAUGAUUGGAGAGGAAGCAAUGAUCAAUUAUGAAAAUUUUUUGAAGGUUGGUGAAAAGGCUGGACCAAAGUGCAAGCAAUUUUUUACUGCAAAAGUCUUUGCCAAACUCCUUCAUACAGAUGCAUAUGGAAGAAUUUCCAUCAUGCAGUUCUUUAACUACGUCAUGCGAAAAGUUUGGCUACAUCAGACAAGAAUAGGACUCAGUUUGUAUGAUGUUGCUGGGCAAGGAUACCUUCGGGAAUCGGACUUAGAGAACUACAUACUGGAACUCAUCCCUACCUUGCCACAAUUAGAUGGGUUGGAAAAGUCCUUUUACUCCUUUUAUGUUUGUACAGCAGUUAGGAAGUUUUUCUUCUUUUUGGAUCCUCUAAGAACAGGAAAGAUCAAAAUUCAAGAUAUUUUAGCAUGCAGCUUCCUAGAUGAUUUACUGGAGCUAAGAGAUGAGGAAUUGUCCAAAGAAAGUCAAGAAACAAAUUGGUUUUCUGCUCCUUCUGCCCUGAGGGUCUAUGGUCAGUAUUUGAAUCUUGAUAAAGAUCACAAUGGCAUGCUAAGUAAGGAAGAGCUCUCCCGGUAUGGAACAGCAACCAUGACCAGUGUCUUCUUAGACCGAGUUUUCCAGGAGUGUCUCACCUACGAUGGAGAAAUGGACUAUAAAACCUACCUGGACUUUGUUCUUGCCUUAGAAAACAGAAAGGAGCCUGCAGCUCUGCAGUAUAUUUUCAAACUGCUGGACAUUGAGAACAAGGGAUACCUAAAUGUCUUUUCCCUUAAUUAUUUCUUUAGGGCCAUACAAGAACUAAUGAAAAUCCAUGGACAGGAUCCUGUUUCAUUUCAAGAUGUCAAGGAUGAAAUCUUUGACAUGGUCAAACCAAAGGAUCCUUUGAAAAUCUCACUUCAGGAUUUAAUCAACAGUAAUCAAGGAGACACAGUCACUACCAUUCUAAUUGAUCUCAAUGGCUUCUGGACCUAUGAGAACAGAGAAGCCCUUGUUGCCAAUGACAACGAGAACUCUGCAGAUCUUGAUGAUACAUGAUUUCUGCAAGACUAGACUUCCUUCAUAAAGAUGCUUGAAUGCUGCAUGAAAACCUUUGAAGCAGAAUCCUUAGAAACAUUAUAAAUAAAACUCGUCACGUGCCUGUACCACACAGCAAAUAUCUUGCUUACUAAAGUAUUGGUUAUGGUUGGAAAAAUUUGAAAGUAAUAGGACUAACUUUUUUUUUUUUAUGAAGUGGUAAGUCCUCAUUCUGUUUAACUCAGAAAUGGAAAAUAAGAUUUGCUGUAGUUAACCGUGGAGUUUAUUCAUGUGGGAUUACAAUAUUUGUUGUCCAAGAAUAUCGGGGAUGGUAGACUUCCCGUCAGAGUAGCACCAUUGGAUUCAGAAGCUUUAGAUGUAACUUUUGUUGUUUUGGUUUGCUUGUUUUGAGACAUGGUCUUACUAUGUAGCCCUGACUGUCCUGGAACUCGCUAUGUGGACUAAGUUGGCCUUUAACCUUGAACUCAAAGAAAGACAUCUGCCUCUGCCUCCCAGGUGCUGAGGUUAAAGGUGAGUGCUGCUAUGCCUAACUUUGUUGUUGCUGUUGAUGUAAUUCUUUUGUGUACACCAGAGCACACAUGGAGGUCAGUAGACAUUGUUGUGAUUCUUUCCUUUCCCCACAUGGGUUCUGGAGAUUAAAUUCAGGUUCUCAGGCUUCCCAGCAAGCCCUUGUACCCAGAGUCUUCUUGCCCUCCAAGUUUUUUGUUUGUUUUUUUAAAUAUGGUGUUUCCAAAGAAAGUAUUCAAACAAAUAGUUUGUUUCAUUAAACUCAUCAGAUUGUAUGAGA